GUUGUCACCGUGGAAUCGUACUGGCAGAUGGCGAUAAAAGGCGGUAGGAUCAGGCACCUCGAUGACGACAGUACGAUUCACUCCGGCAACGCGUUGAUAAUUCACACGCCCCGGAUCACAGCAACGAGCCUUGCCCUACUACGAAAUUUACUUUCCCCGCGCCGGUUUAUUUUGAGUUGAAUAUUUACAAUGUCGUCAAUCAACUUGGCACAAUCACUUGCUCAUCAUUAACCUCUAAGCUUCUAUCGCACGCCGUCUAGGAUCUACGUGACAAGAAUGGGAGGUAAUUCCAAUCACUCUUCGCCCGGUCGUGGUAGAAGUCGUCACAGAAUUCGAAGACCUACUUCUGUCUCCGGGGACGACUCUGCUUCGCCCUCAAAGCACAAGAGACGAGGUCAUUCUCAGCCUGCCAAGCAGAAUGUUCCCAUACCUCGCAUAAACAUCCAGUCCCCUACACCUCCGCUCUCGGCCUCCAGCUCGGCGCAUCACGAGAUACUCCAGAAUGAGCAAGCUCGACGUAUACGCCAUUCUCGCGCCCGUGAAACUCUCCGUCCUGCUGACGACGGUAACAAGAACACCAAGGACAAAGAUAAGGGAAAGGGGAAGAGCAUAAGCAAGGACAGAGAUAGAGACAACAGCAAGAGCCGUACUGGUAGCUGUACUCACAUCCACCAUCAUCACUACCACGUCCACAACCAUUAUCAUAAGUACUAUAUCAACAAUGACAAGCAGGUGGGCGAACCUAUCCAUGAUAUAAAGCAUUCAAUCUAUCGCCAGCCACCCUUUGACCAGUCAGAUCCUCAAGCGGCUAUGGAUUAUCAAGAGGAGCACCAUCAAAAACACGUAGAGCAGCACCAAGACCGAGAACAGCAGCGCAAGCAGGAACAGAAGCAAUCCCAGCCCUCCUCCCACCACCGUUGCAACAGCAACGGCGUGAACAACCCUGGUCCCUCGCAGCAACGCCCCCAUCAGAGCACGCGUUCCCGCUCGACAGCCACGCGGAUCCCAGGACCACCACCUCGAUAUCCAUCUCGUCCCCCUCCGCCCGAUCCUCACCGCGGCGCCAUGGCCGCCGAGCCCGCCGAAGCCUGGCUCCCCCAAUCCUUCACCUCCCCCGCCAUCUGCACGUUCCCGCACCGCACAAGCAUACAGCAAGACGUAAGAAACACCAUGGACCAAGCCGACACCUACAGCGCCACAGCCCUAGUAAACGCAGACGAGGAAGCAAGCGCCAUCGUCCAGGCCAACUCCCCCCGCUCCUGGACCUCCAGCCCCGCCUCCAGCUCCAGCCGAGCCUCCAUCUCCACCCUGACUACCAUCUCCCGCGGCGUCGUCUACGGCAGACACACACACAGACGCCGGGAGUCUUGCGAGUCUGAGUCGGGCUCGGGGUCCGUGCGCAGGAAGUCCAAGAAAGGGGGUUUUCGCGCCUGGGUCUCGCGGCAUCUGCGGGACUAAGGGGGGGGGGAGUUGUUCGGGUACUUGUAAGUGCGGAACUAUAACAAGAAAAGAAGGGAAGAGAUUACGAAUGUGCGAAGAGGAUGUGAAAAGGAAGAAGGAGGGAUUAUUGGGAGUGAGUGAGCAGAUGCAGACAUGUAUGUCUCUGCAUGUACCAAUGAAUAGGAGUCGAGACUAUAGCCCAGCUAUCAACCGUGAUGUAUUAUGACAAGGAUGUAUCCAUGAAUAAAGGAAAAGAGAAGCAAGUAAUCACCACUACGCUAAGCCAAUCCCUCUUCCUGACAUCCUGACAUGUUUAUUAGUUUUAUUUCUUUCUCUUUCCUUUCCUCAC